AUGAUGAAGUUGCCUGGGUUUUCUCGGAGUGGUGAGACCAAGCAGCUUGUUAUCGUUUCCUGUAUAUGGAAAGCGUUGCUCCUCGUUCUUGCCGCCUUUUGUCCUGGCCCUGGAUACGACACAUCCGCUCUCGUUCUACUUGACUCAAGCCCCCAGCGGCACAGCAACUUCAAUGCACUUACGCGUCAUGAGCGUUUUGUUCUAAACCUGCUCCGGUGGGAUGCUUUCUACUUUGUAAAAUCCGCUGAGCGGGGUCACGUUCAUGAGCAAGCGUGGGCCUUUAGUUGGGCGUACUCGCAUCUCCUGAGACUAGCCGGUCAAUUGACAGCUGGAAAUGCGCAGCCUUCAUUGCACUACUACGUUCUGGCCGGGAUUGUCGCCUCUAACGUCUGCCACCUUCUCUCUGUACUAGUGCUGUAUCGCCUUCUGACCUUGGUCCUGGAACCGCAGCGACGGCAAAUCAUCCCCUUCAUUGCGGCUGUGUUGCAUAUUCUCACACCAGCAUCUCUUUUCUUGUGCGCGCCAUACGCGGAGGCCAUGUUUUCCUUCCUCAAUUUCACUGGCAUGCUUUUCUACGCUCAAUCUCGGACUAUGGCUGAGACUGGCAAGUCUUCGUUUGGAGAAGAUCUGUUGAAAAUCAGUUCCGGUCUGUUCUUCGCUGUCGCUACGCUAAUGAGGAGCAACGGGCUACUGAGCGGCACUAUCUUCUUAUACGACGUGGCGAGGUACCUCCCUCGUCUCAUGUCUUUGCAGCUGAGUGUACAUGACGUAAGGAGAGUUACCGUCACAUGUGUGGCUGGAGCGUUAAUAGCACUGGGAUUCAUCGGGCCGCAGUAUCUUGCAUAUGUUGAGUUUUGUUACCGAGGUAGUGGCGCUGGGAUCAGACCGUGGUGCGAGAAGAGUGUCCCAAGUAUUUACACCUGGGUACAAAGCCAUUACUGGAAUGUGGGACUCUUUCGCUACUGGACUGUAUCGAAUUUGCCUCUGUUCAUUCUAGCGGCACCGGUUAUGUGGCUCUUGCUCGUCUCGAGUGCUACAAUCCUUCGCAGCGCAGUUCAGAGCCCGUUGCAUGGGCGUCUUGCACCUCAGGCCAGUGCAACGUCCAAUCCCAGGAACGAAAUUUCCACGAUAUGCAAGAUGCCGGAAUUGGCUUUGCCGCAAUUACUGCUGGCUAUCACGGCUGUUACCAGCUUUCACAUACAGAUCGUAAACCGGAUCGCUUCCGGUUAUCCGAUGUGGUAUCUGGUCAUCGCUCAAUGGCUGGUAGACUCACAGAGCACAGGCCGAACUGAGAAACCAUCGCCAAAAGCGCAAUGGAUCAUCCGUGGGUUUAUUGUAUACUCCCUGGUUCAGGGAAUGCUUUAUGCCAACUUUCUUCCACCUGCUUAA